AUGAAAACUGGUCAAUUUAAUGUUGUUCAGAAAGAAAUUAAUUUACCAGAAGUUACUCGAGGAUGCCAUAUAAUUACAAAAAUUAUUCUUCAAAGCCUCCCUGAACUUAAAAAUUUCAAAUUCGGAACUUUAAAUAUCUUCCUACAACACACAAGUGCAUCACUUACAAUUAACGAGAAUGUUUGCUCAGAUGUCAGAUCAGAUCUUGAAAAUUGGAUGAAUUCGGCAAUUCCAGAAGGACCUCAUUGGGAACACUCUGCCGAAGGUGCUGACGAUAUGCCAGCACACAUCAAAUCAUCUGUCAUGGGUGUCAGUCUCGAUAUUCCUAUCAAUAAUGGUUCUCUUUGCCUAGGAAGAUGGCAAGGAAUUUACUUGAAUGAGCACCGAGGAUAUGGUGGCUCAAGACAUGUUGUACUUACUAUAAUGGGUACAAUGAAGUAG